CUUGAAUGGCAUUUUGAAUUGCAUUAAUUAAUUUAAAAAGCAGACUUGUGUUUUCAUCCGCCAGAGUAUACCUGACAAUAAAUAGAUUGCUUAAUUUGUGUUUCUAGUACUUAUAUUUUUCUGAGACCGUAAGUAUCAUAUUGGCUAAUAAUGAGAUUCUUGCUAAUAUGAUAAGUGAUGAAUGUGUCCAUCAAAUGUUGUGUCAUUAUGUUGGUUUUUUGAUUUUUUUUUUCACUUGGGUACCCAGGGAAUGUUUAGAAUUUUUGCAAUUUUUUUUUAAGUGAUAAAUUUCUCAGUGCAUUUAAAAAUACAGGUUCAUGCCCCGCUGCCAGCUUCUUGAACUUGCUUUUGUCUGCGUGUUUUUUUGGCAUUCAAAAGUAUUGGUCUUUAAGAUAGGUUCAGUAUUUUGCAGCAUUUGGGCUUGUUUGAUGAUCCAAGCUGAUGCACCAAAAGCAUUUUCUCCCUCUGAUAUAGGAAAGAUUAUUUUAUUGUUGAUUUAUCUGAAAUGCAGUAGUAUAGGUUAUUACUUUGACUUGUUAUGAUAGAGGUAUCAGUGUAAAUAAAGUUUUCAUUGUGAUACUGAUUCUUCUAGCAAACAGAUUGUGUUGAAUGGUUAUAUCAUUUUUGAAACUGUUUUUUUUUAUAACAUUGAAAUGAAAACUGACAUGAGUUGUACUCCAUGAGACUGUGACACCUGCCCAAAAAGUCAAAAUAUGGCUCACUCUCUUGUUAUUUCUUUAAUUGACAGUGUCUUUCCUUUUUUUACUGUCCUCCUAAUUCUAAACACAGUGUAACAAUUUAGGCCUUUCUGUUACCCAGUUGUUUGAUUUCAGGAGGGAUAUUUUUCUUAAUGCUCUCCUUGUUAAUAGAAGAGUAAGCUAUAAAGUCACUUCCUACUUCUUUAAUAAAAAGGAGUUGUACAACUCUCUGAAAUAUCCAGUAUUUAGUAGGUGAUAGAGGACCAGACUGUUUCAGUGACAAUACAAAGGAAAAAAGACGUUAUAGUCUCAUCUCUCUCAUAGGCUACUUCAGACAUAGUGUUAAUGAAUAAAUGAGUUUGUGUUUUAAUUUAAACCUGUAUUAGAUAGCAGUCCUGCCCUUUGAGUAAAAGUGAAGCAAUUGAACUUUCAGAAUUGCCGUGCCUUGUCCUUAAGGAUUUCUGCACUAAGAGUCUUCUGCCAAGAGAAGUUGGACUUUGCAGUCCAGUUGGUGAUUCUAGAGUCCAGUCCUGAUUCCCCAAUGUCUUUCCUUUGCAUUUUAGCAAUAUGAAAGACAAAAAAAAAAGAAGUACCAAAAAAGCCAUGUAAGAUUUGGCUUUGGAAAGAGUUACAAAAAUUUUCUUUGAAAGAUUCAUGCUUAAAAUGUUACAAAUGUAAGCAGUCCAUUUUCUAUAUGGGUGCCUUCUAUUUCUUCUUCCAUGGGAUCUGAAUGCCUUUGGGAAAGUGAAACAGCUUGGAGGGAGCUCAGGGUUUAUGAUCAUCCAUGAACUGAUCUUGAAAACUUCGUGAUACUUCGACAUGGGAUGUGAUUUAUUCAACUCCUCAUUUUUUGAAGUUCUGGCUGUUUUUCUGUUCUUUUCCAUGAAAUAUUUUAAGAUUAUGCAUUUGUUGACUCUGUUUAUUUUAGCAGUGGUCAUUCCUGCCUUUUUACAGAAAAGCUGAAGUACUUUGAGGUACUGCAUCAGGUAGUUUGAUUUCAUAGAAUGAUAGUGAUCAAAUUCUGCUGAAAUAUUACAAGAUGGUGUUCUGACACCGAAUACAGAGAACGGUAAUUUUCCCUACCAAGUACCCAACUUCCAUAAGUGCGAGAUUUGUUUGCUGUCUUUUCCAAGAGAGACCCAGUUCCAGCGCCAUAUGAGGGAUCAUGAGCAAAAUGACAAGCCUCACCGGUGUGACCAGUGUCCGAUGUCAUUUAAUGUUGAAUUCAACUUGACACUUCACAAAUGUACUCACAAUGGCGAAGAUCCUACGUGUCCUGUGUGCAACAAGAAGUUCUCCAGAGUAGCCAGUCUGAAAGCACAUAUAAUGCUACAUGAGAAAGAGGAGAAUCUUAUCUGUUCGGAGUGUGGAGAUGAAUUCACUUUACAGAGUCAGCUGUCCAUACACAUGGAAGAACAUCGUCAAGAACUGGCAGGCAGUAGGACUCACAGCUGCAAUUCUUGCAAAAAAGAAUUUGAAACUUCCUCACAGCUAAAGGAGCAUAUGAAAACUCACUAUAAAAUAAGGGUGUCAAAUACCAGAUCUUACAACAGAAACAUUGAUAGAAGUGGGUUUACCUAUUCCUGUCCUCACUGUGGGAAGACGUUCCAGAAACCGAGUCAGUUAACACGACAUGUUAGAAUACACACAGGUGAAAGACCUUUCAAGUGCAGCGAGUGUGGGAAGGCCUUUAACCAGAAGGGGGCUCUGCAGACCCACAUGAUCAAGCACACGGGGGAGAAGCCCCACGCCUGUGCCUUUUGUCCCGCCGCCUUCUCCCAGAAAGGCAACCUGCAGUCACACAUACAGCGAGUUCACUCUGAGGUGAAGAAUGGCCCUACAUACAACUGUACAGAAUGUAGCUGUGUCUUCAAAAGCUUGGGUAGCUUAAAUACGCAUAUCAGCAAGAUGCACAUGGGUGGUCCACAGAAUUCUGCCAGUGCUUCAACAGAUGUAUCUCAUGUUACAGUGGACUCUGUCACCCAGCCUUUAACGACAUCCCCUACUAAUCUUUUGCAACCUGUUGAUAACAAAUGGAAGAAUGCCACACAUUUUCGGUCUCCACUUCUUCAACAGUCAGAAAACCAGGUGUCUCCAGCUGCGGCUCAUCAGGGUCAACAGACUGUAACUGAUGUCAUUCAGCAGCUCCUUGAGUUAUCAGAACCAGGUCCUGUAGAAAAUAACCAGCCUCAACAACCUGGUCAACAGCUCAGCAUUGCAGUGGGGAUCAGUAGAGAUAUUUUGCAGCAAGCGUUAGAGAACAGCGGGUUGUCAUCAAUUCCUGUCUCUGCACAUUCUACUGACUGCAGCCAGGCUAAGGCUGCUGGGGCCCAGGAUCAGAACCCAGAUGUCCCGAGCCUCUCAAAUCAUCAGGCUGAUUCUAAUAGUGCAGAACAAGACAAGGAGCGAGACAGUAUGGACAAACUAGAUAAAAAAGAAAAAAAGUUAAUUAAGAAAAAAUCACCAUUUUUGCCUGGUUCUAUACGUGAAGAAAAUGGAAUCAGGUGGCAUGUUUGUCCAUAUUGCUCUAAAGAAUUUAAAAAACCAAGCGACUUAGUGCGCCACAUUCGCAUUCACACCCACGAGAAGCCAUACAAGUGUCCCCAGUGCUUCCGUGCCUUUGCCGUGAAGAGCACUCUAACAGCACAUAUAAAAACACACACUGGCAUUAAAGCUUUCAAGUGCCAAUUUUGUAUGAAAAGCUUUUCCACCUCAGGGAGUUUAAAAGUUCACAUUCGCCUGCAUACAGGUGUUAGGCCUUUUGCUUGUCCUCACUGUGACAAGAAGUUUAGAACAUCGGGCCAUCGGAAAACUCAUAUCACUUCACAUUUUAAACAUACGGAGCUAAGAAAGCUGCGACACCAACGUAAACCCACAAAAGUUCGAGUAGGAAAGUCAAGUGGUCCAGUACCAGACAUCCCUUUGCAAGAGCCCAUACUCAUAACUGAUUUAGGUCUUAUCCAGCCAAUCCCAAGGAAUAGCCAGGUCUUCCAAAACUAUUUUAACAGUAAUUUUGUGAAUAAUGCAGAGAGACCAUACAAAUGCUACUAUUGCCAUCGAGCAUAUAAAAAAUCCUGUCAUCUUAAACAACAUAUCAGGUCUCAUACAGGUGAAAAGCCAUUUAAGUGCUCUCAGUGUGGACGAGGUUUUGUGUCAGCUGGAGUUCUGAAAGCACAUAUUAGAACACACACUGGAUUGAAAGCUUUCAAGUGCGUUGUGUGCAACGGGGCCUUCACUACUGGUGGUAGCCUCAGGCGACACAUGGGGAUCCAUAAUGACCUUCGACCAUAUAUGUGUCCCUACUGUCAAAAAACAUUCAAAACAUCACUCAACUGUAAAAAGCACAUGAAGACUCAUAGGUAUGAACUUGCACAGCAACUUCAGCAGAAUCAGCAGUCUUCUUCAAUAGAUGAUUCUACAGUACAUCAGCAGAGUAUUCAUGUUUCUACACAAAUGCAGGUGGAGAUUCAAAGUGAUGAGCUACAGCAGUCAGAAUCUGUUGCAACAGAUCAGCAGGCUAUUUUAGAGUUAGAUCAGCAGCCAGUAGUAGGCACAGAAGAAACAGCACUAGAACAAGAAUUGUCUGAUCAACCUUUAGAGCAAGAUGAGGAUAGAUUUGUGACAUCCCAGCAUGCUUUACAGGAAAACAUCACUCAGUUUGAGCAACAGACUAUAACACAGCAGCCCUUUGAUCAACAGAGCUUAUCACAAGGUUUUACUGUGAAUGACAGCUACAAUCAACAGACUCAGUUUCCAGCUGUACAACAGCUGCAGGAUUCAAGCACACUUGAAUCUCAGGCUCUUUCAACGAGUUAUCCUCCACCAGCCCUUCUUCAGGUUCCAAAUACAGACACUAUUAACGUAACCACACGCUUGAUGCAAGACCAGUCACCACAGGAAGAACUUGAAUUGCACUCCCAAAGGCCUCAUUUUCUUGAGGAUAAUGAAGAUCAAAGUAGGCGUUCAUAUAGAUGUGAAUAUUGCAACAAGGGUUUUAAGAAAUCCAGCCAUUUGAAACAACAUGUACGAUCACAUACUGGUGAGAAACCUUAUAAAUGCCAGCUCUGUGGCCGUGGUUUUGUUUCCUCAGGAGUUCUUAAGUCGCAUGAGAAGACUCAUACAGGAGUUAAAGCAUUCAGCUGUAGCAUUUGCAAUACCUCCUUCACAACUAAUGGCAGCCUUACCAGGCACAUGGCAACUCACAUGAGCAUGAAGCCUUACAAGUGCCCAUUCUGUGAUGAAAGCUUUCGAACAACUGUUCACUGCAAAAAACAUAUGAAAAAACAUCAGGCAGUCUCCUCAGCUGUAGCAGCAGCUACAGAUACAGGAGGGGGAGUUGUGUGUGUUGAAGAUGAUGAUGAGAGCUCUGAAAGGACUUCCAGAAAAUCUCGUCCUGGUGUCAUAACUUUUACAGAAGAAGAGACAGCAGAACUGGCAAAGAUUAGGCCUCAAGAAAGUGCCACUGUUUCAGAAAAAGUUCUUGUCCAGUCAGCUGCAGAGAAAGACAGAAUUAGUGAGAUCAAAGAUAAGCAAGCAGAACUGGAAGCAGAGCCCAAAUAUGCCAACUGUUGCAGUUAUUGUCCCAAAAGCUUUAAAAAACCCAGUGAUUUAGUCAGGCAUGUUCGUAUCCAUACUGGAGAGAAGCCGUACAAGUGCGAUGAAUGUGGAAAGAGUUUCACUGUAAAAUCCACUCUGGAUUGCCAUGUUAAAACACACACAGGCCAGAAGCUCUUCUGUUGUCACGUGUGCAGUAAUUCUUUUUCUACAAAGGGCAGUUUAAAAGUCCACAUGCGUCUGCAUACGGGAGCAAAGCCCUUCAAAUGCCCCCACUGUGAUUUGCGGUUUCGUACUUCAGGGCGCAGAAAAACCCACAUACAGUGUCAUUAUAAGCCAGAUGCAAAGAAAGUUAGGAAACCUGCUGCCCGGACUUCAACUGAGGGAUUACAACCAGUCAGUCUUCUUAAUUCAUCCUCAACAGACCCUAAUGUUUUCAUCAUGAAUAACUCUGUUUUGACGAGUCAGUUUGAUCAAAAUUUGCUUCAACAAGGACUUGUGGGCCAGGCUAUCCUGCCUGCUUCAGUGUCAGCUGGAGGUGACUUAACUGUGUCCUUGACAGAUGGUAGCUUGGCCACACUUGAAGGAAUACAGUUACAACUUGCUGCUAAUCUGGUUGGACAAAAUGUUCAGAUUUCUGGAAUAGAUGCCACUGGUAUUAACAACAUAACAUUACAGAUCGAUCCAAGUAUCCUACAGCAGACAUUACAGCAGACAUUACAGCAGAGUAGUUUACUUACUCAGCAGCUGACUGGAGAUCCCACCAUGGCUCCACAGAAUCCCUCCCUCCAGGCAACAGAAAAUGCAGUGCCAGCUAAUGUGGUUAUUCAGCCUAUAUCAGGCUUGUCUUUGCAGCCCACAGUAACAUCAUCUGCUAACAUGACAAUAGGGUCCCUGUCUGAGCAGGAGUCCGUGCUGACUACCAGCGCUAAUGGUGCACAAGACAUUACUCAAGUAAUGACUUCACAGGGUAUUGUGUCAUCUACAAAUGGACAACAUGAGAUAAUGUUGACCAUAAAUAAUUCCAGUUUGAGUCAAGUUCUAGCUCAUGCUUCAGGAUCUACUACUGCAACCUCAUCAGGAAGUCCUCAAGAAAUCACUCUUACAAUAUCUGGCCAAGAUCUUAUUCAGCAUAAUUCUGGAAGCACUGAUCUGAACACUGGCUUAAGGCUGACAGCACCAACCAUCAGUCAGACCACAGGUGCUACACUAACUAUAAGCAAUGACCAGCUUCUUUCUCAGGGCCCUUCACUAAAUGCUCCAGAACUUAAUACAACAGGGGGAGCAAACCUUCCUCCAGCAACACCCAUAUCUCAGUCUGCAGUUUCUGCACAGAAUUUGGUGAUGUCUUCAUCAGGAGUUGGAGGAGAUGGUAGUGUCACUUUGACUCUUGCUGACACUCAGGGAAUGUUGUCAGGUGGUCUUGAUGCAGUUACACUUAAUAUCACUUCGCAGGGUCAGCAGUUCCCUGCUAUACUCACAGAUACCAGUCUUGCUAGCCAAAGUGCAUCAGCAUCACAGCAAGUAAUACUGGUGAGCCAUACACCCCAUUCAGCACCUGCAAACUCUGAUGAAAUAACAUACCAGGUGACAGAAGUUUCCCCUAAUGUGACUAAAAGCAGUCAAGCAGAAAAAGAAACUCGUGGGCACCAGUGUUUUGAGUGUAGCCAAACCUUUUAUUCUGUCACCAUGCUGACGCACCACUGCAAAGAGGUUCAUGGCAAGGAGCGAAUACACGUUUGCCACAUCUGCAAUAAGGCCUUUAAGAGGGCAACACAUCUCAAGGAACACAUGCAAACCCAUCAGGGUGGACCUUCACUGAGUUCCCAGAAGCCCAGAGUGUUUAAGUGUGAUACUUGUGAAAAAGCUUUUGCUAAGCCAAGUCAGCUGGAGAGACACAGUCGCAUCCACACAGGGGAACGGCCGUUUCAGUGUACACUGUGUGAAAAGGCAUUUAACCAGAAGAGUGCUCUUAAAGUCCACAUGAAAAGGCACACAGGAGAGAGACCUUAUAAAUGUGACUACUGUGCAAUGGGAUUUACACAGAAGAGCAAUAUGAAACUGCAUAUGAAACGGGCUCAUGGUUACACUGGUCCUGUACAAGAGCCUGCGAGUCACCAAGAACAAGAAGGGGAAGACAUUAGUCGUGCUCUGAAUUUAGAAGAAGUGGUACAAGAAUCUUCAAAUGAAUGGCAAAGUAUAGGCAAUGUUUUUCGGUAACACCUUGAAAUUUGAAAUUUAAAAAUAUUUCCGGGACUUGAACUUUACAGUUAAAGCUUCAAGCAUUGAAGAUACUAACAAUAGAAUAAUAUAUUAUAGUUUUUUUAACUAUUUACAAAAGAUACCUAAAAGAUUAAUUUUUUUUUUUAAUCUUGUAGAAGAAUAUUGGGAAAACUUCAAUUUAAUCUGUGCUAAGUUGUCUGUGAAUCAGUGAACUCAGGUAAUGAUGUAUACAGUUUCAUCUUUGAAUUCACAGCCAGUAUAUCUAUUUAAAAAUAAACUGGAACUUUAUAUCAGAAUAGAAUGAUUCCCAUUUUUAAUGGAGAUGAAGAAUAACUUCACAGGAAAAUCAUGAAACUGUCAGUCAACUUUUUUUUUAAUGUGUUUAAAAAAAUAAUUGAGAUUGGAAACAAAGUGUUGCAGUUAAUGAUGCAUGCAGUAUAAAACAGUGGAGUUUUGCCCUUUUUUUUCUUACAAGGCACAGGAAAAGGCUGUAUUUCUUUUGAAAGCUUUCUUUUUUAGUGCAUUUUGAGAAUUUGUUAUAAAAAAAUAAAAUACUGCAAGCUUUUCUUGAGUUAAACUCUUGAGAGGGAGCAUGUUCAUUUUCAUUCCAACCACAGAGGCAGAUAGAUGUUAGUUUUUACAGUAAAAGUCUUGAGGUUUUGGACUUGGCAAUAAUAAUUAAAGAUCCAAAUGAGAGAAGGUUCCAGUAAAAGCCUCUGUUGUUGUUUGCUGUACUGGGUCAGCAGGUACUGUGUAUCAGUAUCUGUGGAAAACAGCCAUAUACUAAAUCUGUGAGGUAAACAAGUACCACUUUGUGGUAGCUGUGAGAAAGUUAGAUGCACACUAAGUCACCUAUACUACACAAUGUUCCCCAGUGCUGUAAACAGUUAUUACUUUGAAUUUGUAAAUUCCUUAUUAUUUUCUUUGUGGAUUUUAGAAAUAUGUUACAUUUAUUUGUUGUUUAAGUCAUUGUUUCAGCAAAACUACCUAGCUGACUGAGUAUUGCUUUCAAAGGUGCCACUUGUUAAGUAUAUUCAUAGCAAAGAAACACUGGAGUAAAAGCAUAGUUGUCUUGUAGACAUUCCAAAGACAGAAGCUGUUUUCUUAUGUUUGCCUUGUUCUUUUGAAUUUUAUUUAUAUGUUACAUAUAUAUAGAUAUAUAUAUAUGUGUGCUUAUAUAUGUAUAUAUAUAUAUAUAUUUAAAGUUUACGAGCCUCUGUGUGGCCAAUCAGUAUAUUUUGUAAAUACUAAUCCCAGUUGCAAGGAGUUCAUCUGUUUGGUUGCCACAAGUACUUCUAGAUCAGUGGUGGAUAUGUUGUACUAUAAUACAGACUUGGACUUUAAUUUUCUUUCUAAAAGAUAAUUGUUCUCAGAUCCAAAAAGCCCUUUUCUGUAAAUAUUGUCUAUAUUCUGUCUGUGAACAAAUUAGUUAUUUCAGAUUGCUGAAGCAAGAAAUACUGUUGGUUUUGAUCGGGCAUCUCUUAAUUCUUUUGUUAACUGUUCAGCAUAUGUAUAUAAGUAAUAUAGUUGGUGACAUGGAAAUAACACUUUUGUUAUGUGGAAUAUUUAAUUGAAAAACAUGCUAAAUAAUAUUACUUUUUUCCAAAUUCUGUUUCGUGUAUUUUUUAAGCAUACGAUUCUGCAUUCUAGGAGAUUGGAAAAACUGUUUACAGAAAUGCAUGUUUGACUAUUAGAUGUGAAGAAUAAAGUUCUCCCAGCAGUGCCUUCCCUUCCAGGCAGCCUGUGAAUGUUUCAGCUGUUAAAGAAAGACAUUAUAUUUUGCACCUGUCUGACCUCUUGGAUAGCACACUGUUUAUCUGUAAUAAUACAGAAAAUGUGCUGUGAUGCGUGUACCAUGUAUGAAAUUUUCUCCCUGUUAUUUCAGGGAAUACUGUAUAAAUGCACAGAGGACUUGGAACUAGGUGCUCUUGCACCCCAGACCACUUAAUGAUUCUGUGAUACUUGGUACACACAGCCUAAAAGCUGAUCUCAUUAGUAAAAAGAUGGUAUUUUUAAAGGGUCACUUCUCAAAGUGUUAUACUUUGGUUAGAGGCAAUGAAUCUGUUCAGCAAGCCUUGGAAGUGUUAAAUAAACAGUGUGAGUUAUGGAGUCAGCUGGCAUUUUUCCUGAGUUCAGUUUGCUACUCCUACAGCACUUGGAAUCCUGUCAGCUACAGUAAUAGACUUCUAAAAAAUUUCUUAUUAAUGUUGUAUUUGAUUUGCUUCCCUGCAUCCUCUUCACCCGUGAAUUUCAAGUGUCUUGACAGAGGUUCUUAUAACCUUCGUAAGAUUGAGUUGGAGCUUUUCAGAGCAGUGCAUGUGUUGAUGUUCAGAACAAAUACAGACACGGUAACCAGUAUGUUGAUAUUUUCAAAAGCGGUGUUAAAGCAGAUGCAUUAUGUAAGGAAGCAGAAGAACUCUUGUUCUGAGGACUGCUUGAUGUGUCACAUUGUAUAGUGGGUAAGUGGACACUGUUCUUUCUGGCUUGUCUCUGCUCACAGUUUCUUUUGGUUUGUGUCCAUUCGUUGAGAACAUUAAAUUACACACUCCUGGUAUCGGCUGUGCAUUCUUGUUUCAAGAAAAAUCCUUUGCUUAAAAAUCAAAUGGCCAUUUAAACUGCUGGUUUUCCUCAAAACUACUAGUGUGUAACUAAAAGAACAAAUUUCAGGCUAAGUUUAUCUCUUUUUGUAUUGGGAAAACAAUGUUUUCAAGUACUGUACCUAUUCCUCUAGAGGAAGUAAAUCAAAAAAAGUCACUUUGACCCUCUGGCAAAGAUUACUGAGGGGAAAGGAGAGUGAUGAAGGCAAGGAAGAGGUUUUGGUUAAAUUCUGUUAAUCUAUAAUGCAGUAUUUUGAAAGAUGUAUUUCUCUAGGUUUUUUACUUUAAAUAAUCUUUCACAUUUUUGAGGGCUGUUUGUACCACAAUUGUUCAUGAAGGGGGCUGGUUUUUAUUUCCUGCUCAUAGACAUUUUAUGCCGUGUAAUAUACCUCUGGUCUGUAGCUGUCACUCCACAGACACUGGGAUUCCAUAAUUCUUGUGUCCUAUUGUCAACCUUCUGGGCCAUGCAAUGGCACUAGAAGCCUGUGUGCAGGGUCCCAGGGUGUCAUUGUGUUAUUUUCUAGUAUCUGAACAUUACUCAUAAACUCUAGAGGAUGGUAGGAGGGGAACAAAUCAGACUUAAAUAUAUAUGUAUAUAUAACUAUAUAUAUAUAUAUAUCCUUUUCCUUUGUAAAAAACAAAACUGGCCCAAGUUUCAUUUCAAGUGAUUACUUUAUUUCAAUAGUGACUAUUUUUAAAAGCUGUGUUCCUGUAAGAACAAUACGUGUUCCAAUUAAAUCAACUAUUACGUUGCAGAGUAUACAUCUGAAUGAAGCUACAAUAGAAAAAUGCACAUAGCAACCAACAAAGAUAAUAGAUGUAAUAGUGUGUGUAUACGUAAUAAUUUUGGCAUUUUGUUUUCUUUAGUCUCUAUGUAUUUUCUAUCAUCUCAUCUUCUCUUGUUUCAUAUUAAUGGACACUGAUUUAAACCUACAAUAGAUUUAGAUGUGAAAUGUAAAUAACAUAUAUUUAUAGGUAACUUUUACUGGGCACUUAUUAGGAAUGCUGUUUCAACCUAGGAAGCACUAACUGUAAUCUACAGUGCAUAGGCUAAAACUAAAAAAAAAAAAAAAAAUUAAUCAGACACUUAUAUGACAGUUUGAAGAAAUUGUAAGUUUAAGCAAUAAAACAGUGCAAUUCAGAAGAGCCUUUUAUUUCCCUAAGUGUGGUUGAAAAUACCAUCUCCACACAUUCAUUUUAGUAAUUUGUGAACAAUUCAUAUCUAAAUCUAACUGAACUAUAACUUAUUUCUACGAGGCAACUACAAUACAACAGUUAAAUGUUCACAGUAGUUUACUAUGAGUUUACUUUGGUGCACUGCCCUUAGUAGGCAUUCAGGUCUUACUCAGGCACAAGAUGAGCCAAUCAAAUACAACACUGCUGCAAUACCAAGAGAAAGAUUUGAAAUUCUAAUGUGAGAUGUGCAGGACUAUCUGAGAUACCAGUACUGAUGGGCUUUCUUUCAGAAAUUAGACUUUUUUUGUUUAUGUGCUUAUUUUCUUAUUUUACUGCAAAGUUAAUGCUAUUGCAGCAGAGUUUAUGUGAAGCACCAGUGACGUCCAGUGGUCAUGGGUGCAGUCUUAGAUGUUUCUCUGGGAAUAUCCCUUAUUUUGUAACUUUAGUCUAACUCAAAUUUGAAAUCCUCUUUCUCUCCCUCAUCUACUCUUUAUUCUAAUGGUUUGGAUGCAAUGAGCAAAUCAUAGUAUGGAAAGAAUUUCCUUAUUGCUAUUGCUCCACAUCAUAUUGAUUCUUCAACAUCUGCCCCCUCCCACACUUCACAUGCCUUGAACUCCCAAUGUUUGAUAAACCUUUCCAUGACUGCCUAAUCCUGUUAUGAAAAUAAAUUAUUCUGUGAGUGAGAGAAGGAAGAUUAAAACAAAACAAAAGGAAAAAAAAAAA